AUGAAGAUAUUAAUUUUAUGGUUUUUACUGGGGUUACUCGUGACCAAAAUAAAUGCUGCUGUUACUACGAUUUCAGCACCUACAACUUUAUCAGGUGAUCAAACAUUUUCUGAUGAUAUAGUGAUUGAAUCAGGUGCUACUCUUGAAUUGGUAUCAGGUACUUCAUAUUCCUUCAAUGGCAAUAUUGAUGUCAAAGGGACUUUAGAUAUUAUUGGUGAUUCAACAAAAGGUUUAACCAGUCUACAAUUUGGUUCUACUACGACAAUUACAAACAGUGGUAAUAUCAACAUCGAAAAUAUUAAAUCAGCAGGUUCUGCCAGUGAUUUUGUUAUUUCACCUGCAAGUAUAGAUAACUCUGGUACAUUCACUGUCUCACAAUUAAAUGCUGCUGCUACUGUACCAGGUACUAACUUUACUCUAGCCCCAACUGGUUCUUUCAUUAACACAGGUACAAUUGACUAUGACACAGCUGAUAAGGGGGGUACCACAAAUGGAUUUCUUUAUCUUGGUACUAUAACAAAUAAUGGUGUAAUCAACUCUGGUGGAUUUUCUGCAUUAACAGCCAAUGGAUAUCAAGACUAUGUUAGUAGAUACAAUAUGAAAGGUAUUAUCUUUAAUAAUCCUCUAAAGGGUCAUGGUCAAGUUAGCGGCAAGGAAGGUGCUGUAGUUUUGCUUAACACAAAUACUCUUGAAGGACAAACUUUCAAUGUUCACCAAGGUUUGUACUUAAUUAAUCCAAAAGUUGUACCUGGUUCACUUAAAAUUGAUAAUUAUGUCAAGUCUAUAUUUGUGUUCUUAAAUGUAGACUAUAAUGAAUGGUCUAGUACAAGUUUUAAUAGCAUAUAUGUACCUCUUCGGUCUAAUUAUGAGAUAUAUGGUCACCGUUACUGGUUUAACAUGACUUGUCCAGGUCCUUCAUUUACAGUGACAAAUAGUUUUGCUGUUCAACCAUCAGAUCCUCCUUAUCAACUCAGUGGUAGCGUUAUAUACAUAGUUAGUCAAGAACAUGGUAAGUCAUGUGCAUGGUUAUCUGGUCCAGUUACAAAAACAACAACAGUUACUACUAUGAAUUCCAUUACUGCAGUUACUACUCUUUCAACUGUAAUAACAUCUACAGUUAAUCAGUACUCAUAUACAAUAUCCGAAAUCAUUUAUAAUGUUGCUGUCCCUCCAUUAUCUACAUCCUACACUACCCUCACCACAUCAAUCCCCACACCUAUUAUAUCUACUUACACCACCACACUUGUCGACAGCGACGGUUCAUCUUCUCCAGAGGUUGUUGUUGUUGUGAUCACUCCAGCCCCAUCCACCUUGUCCACUACCACUAUUGGCGAUGUUACAGCCCUUACAACGUCUACCUACACAACCACACUUGUCGACAGCGACAGUUCAUCUUCUCCAGAGGUUGUUGUUGUUGUGAUCACCCCAGCCCCAUCCACCUUGUCCACUACCACUACUGGCGAUGUCACAGCUCCAACUACCUCCACCUUUACCACUAUCGUCACUAAUAGUAACGGUUCAUCCUCUACCGAAGUUGUUGUUGUUGUGAUCACCCCACAUCCAUCCACAUUGUCCACUACCACUACUGGCGAUGUCACAGCUCCAACUACCUCCACCUUUACCACUAUCGUCACUGACAACAACGGUUCAUCCUCUACUGAAGUUGUUGUUGUUGUGAUCACCCCAGCCCCAUCUACCUUGUCUACUACCACUACUGGCGAUGUCACAGCUCCAACUACCUCCACCUUCACCACUAUCGUCACUAAUAGUAACGGUUCAUCCUCUACUGAAGUUGUUGUUGUUGUGAUCACCCCAGCCCCAUCUACCUUGUCUACUACCACUACUGGCGAUGUCACAGCUCCAACUACCUCCACCUUCACCACUAUCGUCACUGACAACAACGGUUCAUCCUCUACCGAAGUUGUUGUUGUUGUGAUCACCCCAGCCCCAUCCACAUUGUCUACUACCACUACUGGCGAUGUCACAGCUCCAACUACCUCCACCUUCACUACUAUCGUCACUGACAACAAUGGCUCCUCUUCUACCGAAGUUGUUGUUGUUGUGAUCACCCCACAUCCAUCCACAUUGUCCACUACCACUACUGGCGAUGUCACAGCUCCAACUACCUCCACCUUUACCACUAUCGUCACUGACAACAACGGCUCCUCUUCUACCGAAGUUGUUGUUGUUGUGAUCACCCCAGCCCCAUCUACCUUGUCUACUACCACUACUGGCGAUGUCACAGCUCCAACUACCUCCACCUUCACCACUAUCGUCACUAAUAGUAACGGUUCAUCCUCUACUGAAGUUGUUGUUGUUGUGAUCACCCCAGCCCCAUCUACCUUGUCUACUACCACUACUGGCGAUGUCACAGCUCCAACUACCUCCACCUUCACCACUAUCGUCACUAAUAGUAACGGUUCAUCCUCUACUGAAGUUGUUGUUGUUGUGAUCACCCCAGCCCCAUCUACCUUGUCUACUACCACUACUGGCGAUGUCACAGCUCCAACUACCUCCACCUUUACCACUAUCGUCACUAAUAGUAACGGUUCAUCCUCUACCGAAGUUGUUGUUGUUGUGAUCACCCCAGCCCCAUCCACAUUGUCUACUACCACUACUGGCGAUGUCACAGCUCCAACUACCUCCACCUUUACCACUAUCGUCACUAAUAGUAACGGUUCAUCCUCUACCGAAGUUGUUGUUGUUGUGAUCACCCCAGCCCCAUCCACAUUGUCUACUACCACUACUGGCGAUGUCACAGCUCCAACUACCUCCACCUUCACUACUAUCGUCACUGACAACAACGGCUCCUCUUCUACCGAAGUUGUUGUUGUUGUGAUCACCCCACAUCCAUCCACAUUGUCCACUACCACUACUGGCGAUGUCACAGCUCCAACUACCUCCACCUUUACCACUAUCGUCACUAAUAGUAACGGUUCAUCCUCUACUGAAGUUGUUGUUGUUGUGAUCACCCCAGCCCCAUCUACCUUGUCUACUACCACUACUGGCGAUGUCACAGCUCCAACUACCUCCACCUUCACCACUAUCGUCACUAAUAGUAACGGUUCAUCCUCUACUGAAGUUGUUGUUGUUGUGAUCACCCCAGCCCCAUCUACCUUGUCUACUACCACUACUGGCGAUGUCACAGCUCCAACUACCUCCACCUUCACCACUAUCGUCACUGACAACAACGGCUCCUCUUCUACCGAAGUUGUUGUUGUUGUGAUCACCCCAGCCCCAUCUAAUAGCGUCAUGACAUCACUAAUUUCUGUAUCAUCUCCUCUUUACGGAAACUCCACUAUUCCUAACGAAAAGACUAUAACUACUUUGAGUAGCACUUUGGUUGUUUUGACUACGGUUAUUAAUGGAGUUACUGUGACUACAACUUAUUGUCCAGAACCAUCUGAAAUUUCCAGAACAAGUAUGACUGCUACCAUUGGACAUGGUUCUAUUGAAUCUAUUUAUUCAAAGAACCAACAGGAAGAGAUUAACUCAUUUUCUGCUGUUUUCGACGCAACUCCAGUUAUCUCUAUUAUUUCCACCACCGCUAGUCCGACAUUUACUAAUAAUGAAGAUCAACCAACAUCUAGAAACUCUAGAGGGUCUACUACUGUAGUUGGUAACGCUGAGUCUGGAAGACCAGAAACAUCAGUACCUACAAUGGUGUCACAAGUUUCCCAAUAUGUUUCAGAGCAAUUCUCCUCAUCACCAACUGCUGUCACCAUAUCUCAUGGAAGUGCACCUUCUCUUGCAUCAUAUGAAGGUAAGGGUAGCACCAUAUAUAUGAAGUGGAGUGUUGCCCAUUUCAUUAGUCUAUUAUUAUUUAUGAUUAUUUGA